CACAUAACCAAAUCAUCCGAAAAAACAAUUGUGUUAUUCACCGACUCAGUCCUAUAGUGUCUCCAUCGUCUCCUUCCUAUAUAAGUAUUACACCAACCGGGGAAGAAAAAGAUGCAAACGGUAAUCACUGUAUAGAGAGAAGCUAUUUGGAAAGAACUCACAAUAAUUGGCUGAUUAUAUGGCAGCAACCGUGGAGACCCCGGCGAUAUCGGCACCGCCGUUUCAGCUGCACAAUUCCCCUUCGAUGACCCGUUCACCGCUCAUCGGGUCCGCGCCAAAGACACCUGCGAGGAGCCCUUUCACUGCCAUGAUGACUCCCCUGGCGAGCCCCAUGAAGAAGGCCAUGGCGAGCAUGCAAGGGUACUUGGAAGAGGUCGGGCAGUUCACCAAGCUCGACCCACAUGACGACUGGCUUCCCAUCACGGAGUCGAGGAACGGCAACGUGUACUACGCGGCGUUCCACACGCUGAGCUCGGGGAUCGGUGUCCAAGCCCUCCUCCUUCCCUUAGCCUUCUCCGUGCUCGGUUGGGCUUGGGGAAUCGUCUGUCUGUCCGCGGUGUUCGUGUGGCAGCUCUACACGCUCUGGUUGUUGGUUCAGCUUCACGAGUCCGAGGACGGUACACGUUACAGCAGAUACCUCCGACUUUCCAUGGCGGCUUUCGGUAAAAAGAAGGGGAAGCUCCUGGCCCUCUUCCCAAUAAUGUAUCUUUCAGGGGGCACCUGCGUGGCCCUGAUCGUGAUCGGUGGCGGGUCCAUGAAAAUAAUCUUCGAGAUCCUGUGCGGUGGCACCUGCGACAUCGAUCCGCCGUCCACCGUGGAAUGGUACCUGGUGUUCAUCUGCUGCGCCAUCAUCCUGGCUCAGCUCCCCAACUUGAACUCAAUAGCCGGGGUCUCCCUGAUAGGGGCGAUCACAGCCAUCGGAUACUGCACCCUGAUUUGGGCGCUGUCCAUCACCAAAGGCCGGCCCGCGGGCGUUUCCUACGAGCCGGUGAAGACAGGGUCGGAGCUGGCUAGGAUUUGCAGUGUCCUGAAUGCGGUCGGCAUCGUGGCUUUUGUGUUCAGAGGCCACAAUGUCGUGCUCGAAAUCCAGGGGACCAUGCCUUCAAGUAGACAAAAGCCAUCUAGGCAGCCCAUGUGGAAAGGGAUCAAAUUUGCGUACGUGGUAAUAGCACUGUGCCUGUUUCCACUAGCGAUUGGUGGCUACUGGGCCUACGGAAACUCGAUCCCUACAAAUGAAGGCAUCCUCAACGCUUUGUACGAGUACCACCUUCGCGACGCGUCCAAAGUCAUCCUCUGCUUAGCGAGCGUGCUCGUUGUGAUCAACAGCCUGAGCUCGUUCCAGAUAUACGCGAUGCCAGUCUUCGACAACCUAGAGUCUCGGUAUACCUACAGCAAGCACAAACCGUGUCCUCGGUGGCUGCGUACGGCCCUCCGCAUCUUCUUCGGAUGCCUGGCGUUCUUCAUAUCGAUCGCGCUGCCCUUCUUGCUGAGCCUGGCUGGGCUGGUCGGAGGAAUCGCGCUGCCCAUAACCUUAGCAUACCCUUGUCUGAUGUGGAUCCUAAUAAAGAAACCCGCUAAAUACAGCGCGAUGUGGUGUAUAAAUGGCGUUUUGGGAGUGUCUGGGAUGGUGCUCAGCGUUCUCAUAGUCGGGGCAGCCAUUUGGAGCAUAGUGACAAUGGGAGUAGAAGUUCACUUCUUCAAGCCGGAAUAGAAUUUAACUGCAAGGUGGGACUCGCAGGAUAUAAACUGUAUAAUCUCCUACGCCAUCCGCAGGUGCAUGCGGAAGUCUGUGCAGAACAUUUCGACAUAACCAUUGUCCAUAAGAUAAUUAGUACUGUUCAGUAACCACGACUAGCGAUCGAUCAUGUGUUGGAGCUGCAAGGCAGCAGCAUAGGGAGCACGAGAGGAACAGAAGUACUGUAUGAUGCUGUGUGACUUGUGUUCAUCCUUGUACAAAAUCUUUAUGCUGCUUUCAACCACAA